AUGUCCAAGCCCAAACUCAUAACCAAACCUACUAUAACUAAAUCAAAUUCUCAAUUAAACCAAACUGUGUGUAUAAAAGCUAUUGACCAUGCAGUUAAGAAUAAUGGCUCACCCGACCGUCAUGGCCCUGCAACAAUCUUAAGUGCUUAUAAAGAACAACAAUUAGUUGGUUAUUGUAAAAAUAUGCAAAAGUUAGGGUUUGGUCUUACAAGGUCAGGUGUUAAUUACUGCAUAAUGAACAUUGUAAAAAGUAACAACUGUAAUCAACUUUUUAAAAAUAAUGGACCUGGUAAGGCCUGGUGGAAACGUUUCAUAAGAGAUCAUCCUGAUUUGUCUUUUCAUGUGCCUCAAGCCUUGUUAGAGGCAUAUGCACAGAGAGCCAAUCCAAUUAUUAUUAGAGAUCAUUUCGAUAAACUCCAUAAAAUAAUUGAACAACAUUCACUUACCGCUGACCAAAUCUGGAAUAUGAAUGAAACCAGUUUUGUUAUAUCCCCCAAGAUACAGAAAGUCAUUGCAACAAAAGCUGCUGGCGGCUACAUACCACCCUUAAUUAUUUACAAGAGCAUUCGCACAAUUCCCAAUUUAUUAGAUGGUGCUCCAGCUGGCACUAUUAUAGGCUUUACCGAAACAGGGUAUAUGAAAGAAGACCUGUUUCAAAUAUAUAUCGAACACUUUAUUAGUUCUAUUCCUCCUCGACGCCUACCAUCUGAACUUCCAUUUUCCAAACUAAAAGCCAAAUACAGCAAGGCUUGCAAUAAGCUUCAUAGUGAGAGUGGUGAAUUAGUAACCAAACACACGUUCGCCAAAAUGUUUGGUCCAGCAUAUAUAAAAACUUACACACCUGACAUAAUUAUUAAUGCUUAUAAAGCUAUGGGAAUUUGGCCUUUUAAUCCUAACGCUAUUAAUCCAGAUCAACUUCUUUCAAAUGCCGUAUCAUCAUCUUCUCAACAAAAUUCCUCUAUAUUAUCUAAAGCUGUCCAUUAUUCCUCUAUAUUGUCUCAGGCUGUUCAUUAUUCCUCUGUAUCGUCUCAAGCCAUCCAUUAUUCCUCUAUUUCGUCUUCUCAACAAAGUCAUUCUUUUACUCAAACUAGUACUACAAUAAAAAAUGAACUUUUAAAAACAGAAAUAGCUUUUCUAAAGAAUGAAAAUAAAAUAUUAAAAGAGAAACUUGAAACAUUUAAAAAUCCCGGUAUCUGCUCACUAAAACUAGCUCUUAAGUAUUCUAUUUUCCGAGUAUCACAAGCAACUGAAUCAGAUCCCCUACAGGCAAAAAAGAGAAAAACUCUCCCCUUCGCUCGACUUCUUACUAAUGAGGAAUCUAUACGAGCAUUAAAAGAAAUAGAUGAGUUAGCAAAAAACAAAGUGGAAAGCACAAAACAAAGAAAAGAAGCAGCUGCCCAAAAACAAGCUAAUAGAGAAGUAAAGAAAGCACAAAAAAAGGCUGAAAUAGAACGAAAAAAGGAAGAAU